UAACAUGUUGACCAUCACCAUACACAAGGUUCUUCCACCUAAACUGACAGUGACUCCACAGCUGAUCACAGAGACAGAGUCAGUGGCAUUGAUCUGUGAGACUCCAUCAUCAGUUUCUGUGUCUCAGUGUUUUUUGUUCUUUAUGAGAACAAACACGUCCAGAGCUGUCUCUUGUCUGAAGCCACUGACAGGAACUGAGCUUCUGUCGAUGUCACAGCAGAGUUCACCUGCUGAGGUUGAAGUAACAUGUUAUUAUACAGUGGAGCGUAGAGGAGAACAACAUCCAUCUCCACACAGUAACAGAGCCUCCAUCAGCAUACUGAAACUGACAGGCACACGUCCAUCCACAACAACCCAGGAGAUGACAACCCAGACAAUCACAUCUUUCAGAAUGACCACAGCUCUGACUCUCAGAAGGCCAAGAAUGACUAUGAAGCCACGCUCUGCUUCUCUUACAUCAGUGAAGCCAACAUUAGCAAUCAUGAGUGAUGACACUGGUCGUUCUUCUGUAGCUACUUUCCUCUCAGCAUCAGUGAAAACAACAAAAGAUAGUUUGACCUCUGCAGACCCAAAGAAUCCAGCAUCUGGUGAUGAACUAAGAGGUGAGAUAGUGUGGACGGUCGGAACAGUUGUCACCCUGAGUGUCGUCUUUCUUGGAUUUGCACUUCUCUCUCACCAGAGCAGGAUUGGUAAAUGUGCUUCCACGGGAGCAAAAGUCAGCGUCGUAGAUGACUGGAAAUCUUUGGCUGAUUAUGAUGAAACCUACAGUAUUGUCACCUAUGAGUGCAAAAAUGUGUGACAGCAGCAGUACCUCAGACCCUCUGCCCUUUGGACCAGCUCCAGAUUUAUUGCACAUCUCUCCAAAUCAUUAUUUUUCUUGCAUGCUAGUUCUUAGAAUAGUGUAAUGGCUUUACAUAACUGCAGUCUCAGUCAAUGGCUACGUUUGCAUCGACAAUAUUUUUUACAACCCAAUUGAAAACAUUCAGAUCCGAAAUUUUAACUGAAGUGUUACUUGGAUGCUUAAUAAAAUAAUUUGAU